AUGGGUUUUUGUUUGUCCAAGUGUUUACCUGACAGUGAUAUGGCAGCCGAAUUGGAGGCUGAGCUUGAUGAGUCUCGUCAUAGCUACGUCCAGCAGUCGAAAGAGCAGUCGACUUUUGGCACCACGUCGUUAUUGGCGGCCGAUGAAGUGGUGUGUCUUGAUGUGAUUGGAGAGGGACCAUCCGGUGUGAUUUACAAAGGCUCGUACCGUGGAAGUGUCGUGGCCGUUAAGAAAAUGAAAAUGAUUUCGUUGCCAUCCAAGGCUUCCGCCAGAGAGAACGUAGAGAUGGAACUUGAAGUAGAAGCUACACGCAUGGGCAGUCUACGACAUCCUAAUACGGUGCUUUUCAUGGGCGCGUGUCUGCAGGAGGACUACUUUUGCAUUGUUAGUGAGUUUUGCACUCGAGGUUCGCUAUUUAACGUGCUACACGCUCCAAAGGCAUCACCCAGUAGAAGGUACAAGAAUAAAGGCUCAGAGCCAGUCGCGCGAACACAUUCUGCCAGUUCAGCCAGUGGACCAAGUACUACCAGUGAUGCUGAGGUAAAAAAGAAGGUAAAUCUCAAGUGGAGUUUACGGAUACGACUCGCGCUGGGAGCAGCAAGAGGACUUCUUUAUUUACACAGUGCCGAUCCGCCUCUUGUUCAUGGACAGCUCAAAAGCUCCAACAUUUUAGUGGACGACUCGUGGAACGCCAAGCUUGCGGACUUUGGGACGAGACGGGUGGCCGAGGCAGUUGGUUUUGAUAGGAGUAGAAUGAACAGUAUUGACGAACGCUCAGCGCUGCUACGGUGGACAGCACCGGAGCUUUUGAGGCUAGGCGAGGAACGCAUUUUAAAAGGAGCGUUUCCGAGCGACAGCUCUAGUCCUCAGGCCGUGGACAUUUUUAGCUUUGGGCUGGUCAUGUGGGAGCUCACAACCGGUGAUUUGCCCUAUGCAGACAUGCACUCGAAUGCUGAGAUCAGCGAUUAUGUGCUAUCAGGCUGUCGACCAAUGAUAAAGUCCGGCCAGUGCAAUAUCAAGUGGGCAGAACUCAUGGCUAGAUGCUGGUCACAUAACCCAUCAAAGAGACCAAGCGCUGCCGAAAUUGUGUCAUCACUUGAGAGCGUUAGCAAGGCUGAUGCCGUUGCACAAUCAGCUAAGAAGGAGACGCGUGUUGUUAACAGCAACCGCGCCGACUACCGUUUUGCAGAUAGACCACGCUCACGGUCGAAGGGGCCCUCUAAAUUUCAAAGCAACGUACGCGUUGGUAUGUAA